CACAAGCAAUAUGGCGCAUGUUUUCAUUUAGUUGCUUUUUCACUAUCAUUCAAUGAAUUUAUAUCGUUCGGUAUGGGUACCAAAUGAAGUAAUAUACCGAUUUAACGCCAAUAUGUCAGAGAGCGAGGACGAAACGCGUCAGCGACUUAAGGCGGCCGUACAUUACACGGUCGGCCGGAUGUGCCACAAAUUGGGCGAGGAACACCGCAGAGAGUUUAGCCGACAAGUGGUAGCGGCCAUAGCCGAGACAGCCUUCAGACAAUGCGAUAUAUUUGCUAAAGACUUAGAAGCAUUUGCAAAACAUGCUAAAAGAUGCACUGUGUCAGCAGAGGACGUAAAACUUUUGGCACGUCGCAGCACCGCACUGUCUGUGCACAUACAGAGAAAAAGUGAAGAAGUGGAACAAGUGCAGAAGGCUUUGAAAAAGAAGAGGAAGAGUAAAGAAACUGACAAGAGCAGAGAAUAAGACACAGGCACUUCUGUUAUCUUCAUUCUUGCCCCAAACAUUCUAAUAAACAUGUCAACAUGGAAAAAAUU